AUGAAUAAUAAAGAAACUAUCUAAAUAAUUAAUAAUGGGUUUAUCUUAUACUUUUCUUUUAUAUUUUAUAUGAUAUUUUUAUAAAAUUUAAUAAAAAAAACAAUAUUUCAAAAUAAAAAACUUCAAAUAUAAAAAAACAUAUUGAACGCACAUAAACAGAAUAUUAUCUUACCUAAUAAAUGCUGCUAUCUAAUAUCUUUCUAUCUCAUUUUUAUUGAAAUUAUUUAUUAUAAAAGUAAAUUAAAUUUAUAAAAAUAGAAUUUAUAAAUAGAAAUUUGGUAAAUUAAAUUAAGAUCUGGUAAAUUUUAUUAUUGA